AUGGUUGGAGCCAUUAGCUCCGUAAACAAUUACAUGCAGCAACCUCAUAAUAUUCUUCAACAUCUACAUUCGUAUCCUUCUACUUACAUUCCAGAAAUUGCUAAAAUACCCUAUUACAUUAUGAAGCUUAAUUUUACCAUAUUUCUUUUACUUCAUAUGAGCAUUGAUAGCUGCUGUAAAAGUGAUAAAAUUGACUUGUAUCUUGGUGGAUUUUUUCCCAUCGACAACUUUGAAUGGAAUGCUAGUGGUCUCCUACCAGUAUCUCAAAUGGCAAUCGACGAUAUUAAUUCUAGAGAUGAUAUAUUACCUAAUUAUCGUCUGAAUUUAAUUGUUCGAGAUACCAAGGCUGUGGCUACGUUAGGUGUUAAAAUCUUAUUCGAUUUCAUCCAGCUGCCGCCAACGAAAAUAAUGCUUUUAGGCUCUGGUUUUACUCGUGUUACAUCCGCAAUAGCUGGAGUAGCAAAAUAUUUCAACUUAAUUCAGAUUAAUAGUUGUGCAUAUUUCGUAAUUAAUCCGUGGCAUUUACAACAGUUUAGUACUCUAUUUGUUAGGAUAUGGUUAAUUCAUUGUACUUUGGCUGGUGUGAAUAAUGUCUACAGUACGGAGAGAUUAUUAAGUGAACUCCAUCGAGCAAAAAUUGAAGUAAUUGCCGAAGAAGGACUUAUCACUGGCACUAAUUCCAGUCGCCAGAUUAAAAUCUUAAAGAAAAGUGACGCCCGGAUAAUUAUAGCGUAUCUACAAGAAGAAGACGCCAUUGAGGUAUUUUGCCAGGCUUAUAAACAUCAAAUGUACGGACCGAAUUAUGUUUGGAUCAUACCUAAUUAUUUUUCUAAUACAUUUUGGAGCAAAGCAACAAAGUUCAAAUAUGUUGACUGCACCCCGGAAGAAAUUGCGAUAUCGGCAAAUUAUUCCUUAUCAAUAAGCUUCGCUGCAAUAAAUGUCGUUACAAAUAAAACCAUAUCUGGAAUGUCAAUAAGUCAAGUCCCUGAACUAUAUAAAGGGGAACAAUGUCUGCGAUACGGGGAACACAUCUCCGCUAAUGAUCAACACGCAGACUUAGAGACGCCGAAUAACUUUAACAUUCGCUAUAAUAACUGGCCAACUAUCGUUAAUCAAACCUAUUAUCCCAAUAGUUAUGCUGCUUUUGCUUACGAUUCUAUUUGGGCGGAAGCGAUGGCUAUGAAUAACUCAAUUAAACGAUUAGCCGAGCUUAACCGGACGUUAGAAGAUUUUCACUACGGCGAUAGAGAGAUGUCACGAAUACUUAAGGAAGAGAUGUAUAACCUCAAUUUUUCGGGAAUAAGUAAUAUAGUCCAAUUUGAUACAUUUGGCGAUGUUCAUCCACAUGUUACAUAUCUAGUUCAAUAUCAAGGUAACGUCAAAAGAACAGUUGCUACUAUUUUGCCUAAAGAGAAACGCGUCGAUUUCUUUACUACACCUCCGAAUGUUAUAAGAUGGGCAGGUGCUGGACCCCCAGUAGAUCGUAUUAAAUUAAAACAAGUUGAUACAAGGCUUCCACUACAUGUUUUUAUCAUUAUGGCCGCUCUAUCAUGUUUAGCCAUAAUUUUGACUAUAGUUUUUAUGAUUUACAACAAUAAAUACAGAAACGCCAGUUCAAACAUUAUAAGUGGAACCAUUAGUAUUAUAUCAUCCGCAACUUUAUGUAUGUUAGCACCAUGGUUAACAAUAAUAGGAUUUGCUACAGUAUCUGGUUCUAUGUUUGCUAAGACCUAUCGAGCUUAUAAAAUUUUGACAAGCAGAAAAAGAAUUAAUCCUAUACAUGAUUAUCAUCUAUAUGGUAUAGUAACAGUAUUAAUUCUUAUGGAAACAAUGGUAUUAACGACGUGGACAGUAAUGGAUCCAAUGAAGCCAGAGUAUAGAAUCUUACCUAGACAGACUUCUCCAAACAACAGCUUUAUAAUUUUAGUUCCAAGACUACUAGAAUGUUCGUGCAAAAAUUUUGUCAUAUGGCUGGCUAUAAUUUUAACUUUAAAUGCAUUCGUGUUAAUUUUUGGCGCAUUUCUAGCUUAUGAAGCAAGAAAUAUUAAAUUAUCUGUUAUGAAUGAAUCGAAACAAAUUGCUCUUUGUAUUUAUAAUGUUGCACUUUUAUGUAUUAUUGUCAUUCCAAUCUCAUUUUUCUUACCAAAUACAUCUGGAGAAACAUAUAUUGCAUCGAGUGGAUUAAUACUCUAUUGUACAACAACGACAACAUGUAUUUUCUUCAUCCCAAAGAUUAAGUAUAAACAUGAUGUCGUUUAUCCUAAUGGGCGAUUUUUCUCUGUUGGAGACAAAAGCACAAAUACAAAGAUCGACUCGUGA